AUGUUUGGUCCAUCAUCCUGGUUGCCAUUUUUGGUGACAUUGCUCAAUCUCGGAUUGGGUUUGGGGUUUGAAGACAAUUCCGUCAACAUCAAAGUGGAGGCGAAUUGGAAACAAACGCCGUUUAGAUUGCAAUUACUCGAAACCAUUGCUGCUUCUAACCAUUCACUCUACAUUCCCGCCGUGGGAAAGGUGUUACAACUCGAACUUACCGAGGACUCCGAAGACGAGUUUGAUUCUGAUCUUGUUGACCCAUUAACCGAUGAAGAAUACUAUACCAAAAUCACCGAAUUGUUCGGGGACCACCCCUUGGGAGUGGAGGCUAAAGGGUUUUUCGAUGUUUAUUUGGCCAACAAUUACCAUUCUCCAAGAAUCGUCUCGCAUUUGAGUCAUUAUAAUGGCUCAGUGAUCCCAGAGUUGAAAGAUAAGUUGUUAAAGUGCACUUCGGACUUUGAUAGCCCAGAAUUGAAAACCACUAGAGGUAAACAGUUACCAAAAUCAUGGGUGUACUAUAAUGGUGAAAUAUUGUGUAAUCCAAAUGAUAUUUUUGCAUUGAAGACCACCAGCGAUGCCAGUGACGAUCAAUUGUUGUUACCAUUCGACAGAAUCAUCGGAACCAACGAUGCUGCGCCAUUGGCGAUUCUUUAUGGCGAUAUUGAAGAUCCGCAGCUCCGGGAAUAUUUCUUCCAUUUAUUCCAAUCGUCCAAGUCGGAUAAAUUGCGGUUCGUGUGGAGAUACGCCGAUCAGAACCUUGAUGGACCAAAAGAGGCCCUUGGUGGGUAUGGGGUCGAUUUAACCUUGAAGAGAACCGAUUAUAUCGUCAUUGAUGAUAGAGAUAUCAAGAAAGAUGCGAACAUCAAGAACCUUGAUGGUAAAGACAAUGAACAAGUCAUUUUGAAUGAUGAAUUGGUUGAAGAAACUUCAUCAUCUGCUUUGGGGUUCUUGAAUAAAACUUAUGACAAAAUCAACGGGGUUAGCAAGAAGAAAUUGAAGAGUUUGGAUCUCAAGGUUGCCAAUUAUAUUCUUAACAAACAUGAUGGCGAUGGAUUUUCCAAGUUUCAAUUAUUGAAAGAUAUCCUUGAAAACUUUCCAAAAUACGCCCAUGACAUUGCCACCUCAGAUUACUUCAAGUUUUCUAAAAAAAGUGACAAGUAUCAAACUUUCAUGGAGAGCUUCCAAGAAAAUCAAGAAAUCGGGGUUGGUAAUGAAAUGAAGGGAAUUUACGUGAAUGGUAAAGAAUUAGACGACACAGAAUACAGUCUUUAUGGGUUAUUGGAUUUGAUACAAAAGGAAUCAUCUUAUAUUUCCGACUUUGGGAUGUUGAACUUAUCGCCAAUUGCCUCGAAAGGGUUCAUCAGUGAAUUCGCCAGAUUAUGCACCGUGGCCAGCGCCAAAUCUGCCGGGGCUGGUAAUAGUCAAAGAUAUAACAUCCAUGAAGCAAUGAAAUCUGAUACCAUCAGCGGGGAAAAAAUCAUUUACAUUAAUGAUUUGGAAACUGAUGCUGAUUAUGCAGAUUUCACAUUAAACAGAAACCUUUGGUUGAACUUCGAUGCUGCCAGGCAAGGUAAAUUCCCAGAAUACAAGGAAAAUGUCCUUGAGGUUGUGUUCGCCAUCAAUUUGUCCAAUAGAAGAUUGUUAAGAAUUGUAUAUCAAAUUAUUAAUACCGUGAUGUCCCGAGGGGUGGCCCACAGAGUGGGGAUUUUACCAAUCACUUUAUCUCCGGAAGAUAAAUAUUACGAGAUCCAGACCAGCGAGCCUAUCAAAGUGAAUGGCGAAGAUAAGAUAUUGAAUGUUGAGGAAAUGAUCAUUUUGGAUAAGUUAUUGAUGAAUGAUUUCUAUAAGAAGUCUGCGAAAUUGAAAAAUGGGUUUUCUUAUCUUAGAUAUAUCCAGUCAACUUUCAAAAAUGGGUAUUAUGGCAAAUUAUGGAAAAAAUACGAGGAGAAUCCUGAUAUUCUCAACGAAUAUGACAAUUCUGGGUUUAUUGACAGUUUUUCCGUUGAUCAAGGCUACAUGAUUGUCAACGGGGUUUUCCACCCAUUCAAUAUUUUUGACAAUAGUUGGCAAGGGUUUGUCUCUCAACAAUUAAUCCAAGACGUGCAUUUGCUCGGCCAAAUGAUUUUGGCUGGUAGAAUUCCCGCAAGAGAUGACACAAAAAGAAUCGGGGAUUAUAUUUACGAAGGAUUACCAGCGAUUCGUAACACUUUGAUCAUUCCUCAAGAUAUUCUGAACGUCAAAUACAAGAAAAUCACCCCAGAAUUUUUAGCUGGGUUUAUUCAUAAUCAAGAUCAAGUGCUUGUAUUCGCUAAUGAAGAUGGAAGUAACGAGGGGGUUCACACUCAUUUAUCCCUCUCGUUGAUUGGUGAUUUCGGAUCGAAGGCAAUGAUUGAUCAAUUGGUCCAGGUAUUGAAAUUCGACCUUGCAGAAUUGAAAAAGGAAGGAUCAAGAGAUCACUUCAUCAAGUAUAGAUUUGUUAAUACCGGCAAGAAAAAUGAUAUUAUUGAGAAAUUGAAAAAAGUUUUUGGCGAUCAAACCACUUCAGGCGUUGAAAAAGUUCAAUCGGCCAUAGAUUUCGCAACCUAUUUUGUGGCUUCUGAAACUGUUGAACACUCCCACCAAGGGAUUUUGGAAACUUUGCAAUUUGCCGAUAUUGAACCAAAACAAGACCCAAUUAUUCUUUUGAAUUCCAGAAUGGUUGAAAUUCCAACCACUAAAAAGUUUGAUGCUAAUUUGGUGAAGUAUUUCAUUGAAUACGAGCGCAAAGAACGGUUAUUCGAAUUUAUUUUCAACGUGGUAGAAGAUUUUGAAAAAGAAUUCGAAUUCAUUAGCCAAUUGCAAAUUGAUAGAUACGAUUGGGCUGAUUUGUUUUUCUCGACGCUUACCAGAACUUACUACGAGUCUUCCGAAGGAAUCUUGUUGCAAUCUCCAAGAUAUCAUUUGGGACUCAUGAGCUUUGACGGGGUGUCGUUCACAUUAUCUGACGAUCCAGCUUAUGCUAAAAAUGUUUCUGCAGUUGAUAUUGUGGCAGUCAUUGAUCCUCUUGAAGAGAAAUCCCAAAAGAUUGUGUCGAUGCUUGAUGCUUUGACCAGCAUUGCCAAAAACACUAAUGCUAUCCAUUUAACAUUGUUACUUGCUCCAAAUCCAGCCAUGACAGAGUUACCAAUCAAAAGAUUCUACAAAGGGCUUUAUUUACCAGAGAUCAAGUUCAGCAAUUCUAAGGUCGAUAGAUCUAUUUACCAGAUUGGAUUCCAGAAAGUUCCAGAAGAAACCUUGUUUACUUUGGACAUCGAUACUCCACAUUCUUGGAUCGCGUUGGCCAAGGAAUCGAAAUAUGAUUUGGAUAAUAUCAAGUUGGAUUUGACCGAAGAGAAAUACGUGAAUGGGGUUUUCGAAUUAGAGAACCUUAUUAUUGAAGGGUACUCCCAGAUUCAAAAUACGGUUAUUCCACCACACGGGGUUCAAUUAGAACUUCAUUCUACUGAAAGCGAGGCGAUUUAUUCAGAUACUGCCAUUAUGGCGAAUUUCGGGUACUUCCAAUUGAGAGCCAAUCCUGGAGUAUGGAGCUUGACCAUCAAGCCAAACAGCAAGUCCGCUAAAGUUUAUUCUUUUGCAGACACCAAAAGUUUCAAUAAUACUGAUGAUGUGACAUUUGUGGACUCUCAGGGCCUUCAAGUGGGUAUCUUAGAUAUGAGUGGUGCGGUCCUCACUCCAGAUUUCGUCAAGAAUCCUGGUCAAGAAGAUGUGUCGUUGAUUGUUGCCGAUGAUGAGGAAGAACAAGAAACCGAAUUCGAGGAAAAGGAAAAGAAUUCUGGUCUCUUGUCUUCUUUAUGGGGAUCAAGAAGUAAAAAACUGGUACCUGCGGUGAAAAAGCAAGCGGAUAUCAAUAUCUUCGCGGUGGCCAGCGGUCACCUUUAUGAAAGAUUGUUAAGCAUCAUGACCGCUUCGGUGAGAAACCAUACCGAACAUACUUUGAAGUUCUGGCUCAUUGACAAUUACAUGUCUGCGAAUUUCAAGGCGUUUUUACCAACCUUAGCGGCGAAGUAUAAUUUCGAAUACGAAUUGAUCACUUAUAAGUGGCCAUUAUGGUUGCGUGAUCAACGAGAAAAACAAAGAACCAUUUGGGGUUACAAGAUUUUGUUUUUGGACGUGUUGUUCCCUCAAGAUUUGGACAAAGUGAUUUUUGUUGACGCCGACCAAAUUAUCAGGACCGAUUUGAAAGAAUUGGUCGAUAUGGAUUUAGAAGGGGCUCCGUACGGGUACACCCCAAUGUGCGAUUCUCGGAAAGAGAUGGAAGGGUUCAGAUUCUGGAAACAAGGGUAUUGGAAGAGUAUCUUAUCCCAAGGUAAUAAGAAAUACCACAUUAGUGCGUUGUACGUGGUGGAUUUGAAAAGAUUUAGAGCUAUUGCUGCCGGGGAUAAAUUACGUCAACAUUACCAACAACUAAGCGCUGAUCCUGGUUCGCUUAGUAAUUUGGAUCAAGAUUUGCCAAAUAACAUGCAAUACAAUAUCAAAAUACACUCUUUACCUCAAGAAUGGUUGUGGUGUGAAACUUGGUGUGAUGAUGAAAGUCUUUCCGAGGCAAAGACUAUUGAUUUAUGUAAUAAUCCUUUGACCAAAGAACCAAAGUUGGACAGAGCCAGAAGACAAAUUCCUGAAUGGAGUGUGUAUGAUAAUGAAAUCGGCGAGUUAAUGGAAGACUUCAAACAGACACAAAAGAAUGAGGGGAGCUCCCAAGAAGAUAAGACUGAUGAGGAGAAUGUUAUGGAGGUUGAGGAGGAAGAGGAUGUUUUGGAAGUUGAUGAUGAAGAAAAUGAUUUUGAUGUACAUGAUGAACUUUGA